AUGCUAGGGAACGAAACUUUUAAAGCUAGCAAUGGUUGGCUAAUGCGUUUUUGGGAUCACCACGGAAUCACUUUCCAGGAAAUUCACGGAGAGAAAAAAUCUGCUCCGAUGAAGGAGGCAAAUGUCUGGAGACAAGAGAAGAUGAAAGAUAUUCUUCAAAAGUAUGCACCCGAAGACAUUUAUAACGCUGAUGAAGCUGGGCUGUUUUUUCAACUCCUCCCUGAUAGAACGUUGGUGUUUAAGGGUGAAAAGUGUCACGGCGGGAAGAAAUCAAAACAAAGAUUGACUGUUCUUCUGAGUGCUAAUAGUACAGGAACACAUGAAAUUCAACCUUUUGUUAUCGGCAAAUCUUUGAAGCCAAGGCGCUUCAAGAAUGUGAGAAGUCUUCAUGUGGAAUAUAAAGCCAAUAAAAAGGCUUGGAUGACGUCUAAAUUUUUUUCUGAAUGGUUGCCUAAGUUAGCUAAGGAAAUGAAGAAGAGGAAGAAAAAAAUUGCAUUGUUGAUUAAUAAUUGCUCCACUCACACCUCAAUUCCAAAACUACAAUGCGUUGAAAUUGUUUUUUUUUUUUCGGCCAACUGCACUUCCAUAUUGCAGCCACUUGACAUGGGCAUAAUUAAAUGUUUUAAAGGAUACUAUAGGAAACGUUUGGUAGAAUCGAUACUUCUGGGGAUUGAAAAUAAAGUGGAAGACUCUUUUAAAGCUGUAAAUGUUAAGGAUGCAUGUGACUUUAUUGCUGGACACUGUGAUAUUUUAUAUGAUCAGGAAAUAGGUUUGAAUCUCCAAACAUCUGUGUCCCAACUCGAGGAAAAAACGGGUAAAAAAUAUGGAGUGAACGUGGGGGAUUAUUUGACAGCGGAUGAGGAUCUUACUGUUUUCACAGGAGUUACUGAUGAAGAAAUUCUCUCUGAAAUUACUGGUGAGAUGGAACAUAGUGGAGAAGAAGACGAUGAGGAGGAAGAAGAUGAUGAUGAUGAUAAUAGGAGUCCAUCACAAUCCUUAUUGUCGACCCAGGAAGCACUUCAAUCAGUCAAAUUUCUGCGGACAUUUUUUUCAAGUCUUCCAUCCACAAACGAGGAUCAUUUUCGUGCUUUGGACUCAAUGUAUACCUUGUUGGUUGACUUAACAAUCAAAAAAGUGGCCAAACAAACAAAAAUAUUCGAUUUUUUUCAAUAA